AUGCAACCAAUACCAGUGGCUCCAGUGGAGGGGAGGAUACGUCGCAGUGUGCCCAGCCUGCCAGCAAUCAAGCCAGACAGGCUAAAAACAGCUAAAAUGCUGGUGGAGAAAGCAGUGAAGCUGAGGAAAGUGUUCUCAGUGCAAGGACCCUACCCUGUGAUCCGUGCUGCCUUGUGGGCCAGAGGGUGGGUGGAACGUCGUUUGCCUCGUCCUGCCCAGCGAGCACCUAAUUGCCAUGGCAAUGAGGAGGAGGAUGGCGAUGAUGGUGAUGUCAGUGUUGAUGUUGCUGAGAGAGCGAAUGAAGGCGAGAAAGACGAGAACCUUGAUGACAUGUAUGACCUCAUGUCUCGCCUCGUUCGAAAUGAAACGACUUAUUUCCACUGGACAACACGUCGGGAUUACAUAGACUGUCGCUCCUUAAGAAGUGACCAAAUGACCAACCACUAUGCAAAUUCCGGGACAUUCACUACCAAGGUCGGGCUCUGCAUAAACCUGCGUAACCUUCAGUGGUUUGAUACAGCUGAUCCUGAUACAUUCUUUCCGAGAUGCUACAGGCUUGGGGCAGAGGAUGAAAAACAUGCAUUCAUAGAGGAUUUCAGGAGGACAGCAUGCACCAGCUUGCUGCAGCAUGUUGUUGAGACGAGUCGACUGAUGAGAGACAGACCGGAGGGUGAGGAACAGAGAGCCUGAAACAGUGUCUCUGUUGAGUUUGAUAAGAUGAAGCAUCAAUUCGUUGGUCCUGGAAUCAUCAACACUGCAUUGCACAUGUGCCAAGAGUUUCUCAGUGUUUUAGAGCAUGGUGACAUCGAUGUUACUGCAGAAACACCACCCUCAGUGGAGGAACAGCAGUGGGCAGAGUUUCUGCAGGAGUACUACAGGGUUGUGCAUGAAGAUGCAUUGAUCAGGGGCAGUAGUGUGUUUGUGGAGCGCUGCCAGGCCAUGUUAAUCAGACUGCAGGAGGUCUGCCCUCAGCUGGAUACAGAUGGAAUAAACAACAUCUGGAUCAUCAAACCAGGUGCCAAGUCAAGAGGGCGAGGUAUUCUCUGUAUAAAUCGCUUGGAUGAGAUUUUGGCACUUGUGGACAGCGACAGAGCCAUGACUAAGGAGAGUAAAUGGGUGGUUCAGAAAUACCUGGAGCGUCCUCUGUUGGUCCACGGCACCAAGUUUGACCUCCGCCAGUGGUUCCUUGUCACGGACUGGAACCCUCUGACAGUCUGGUUCUACAGAGAGUGCUACCUGCGUUUCUCCACUCAGCUCUAUUCCACAAAAACUCUGGACAGCUCAGUUCACCUGUGCAACAACUCGAUCCAGAAGCAUUUCCAACCCUCCUGUGAGCGCCAUCCAGGAGUGCCUGAGGACAACAUGUGGUCCUGCUCUCAGUUCAGGGCUUUCCUACAGCGGCAGGGCCGUGGAGCAGAGUGGGAGUCAGUGGUGGUCCCCGGUAUGCAGCGAGCAGUGGUCCAUACCCUGCAGACAGCCCAAGACCUGGUCGAGCCUCGUAAGGCGAGUUUUGAGCUCUACGGAGCUGACUUUAUGUUGGGCAGAGAUCUGAGGCCUUGGCUUCUGGAAAUCAAUGCUAGUCCGACUAUGGCCUGCUCCACCGCUGUGACAGCUCGCCUCUGUCCUGCUGUGCAGCUGGACACACUGAGGGUUGUGCUCGACCGUCGGACUGAUCCCAGUGCGUACACAGGAGGCUUCCAGCUAAUCUACAAACAGGCUGCAGUUGAAGUGCCUCAGUAUGUGGGAGUGAACCUGCUGGUGGAAGGCGUCCCCAUAAGGCGAUCCAGACCUCUGCUUCAUAGACAAACCGCUCUGCUCCACAGAGUUGUUUCCAACCCACCCCUCACUGUCCAGUUCCCUUCAGACCAGUCGACGUCAGAAGAGGUUGAAACACUACAUAAACCAUCAGGUCAGAAGUGCUCUGCACUCUCAGUUUCACGCCACCCAGGCAAGGAGAACCGAGCUGCUAGACAGAAUAAGAGACAGCUGACAUCAAUAUCUCCUAAGAGGGAUCACGGGGGAAAAACAGAAGUUCCAAAUACUUCCUGUGUCCGCAGGUCUUGUCGCAGCAUGGCAUGUGAACAGCCUUUGGUGAUACACACUGAACCUCAGAGGAAAGCACGACGCUUGGGUUUGAGUCUUGGUGCCAACAGGGCAAAUGUGGUCCCACGGAGCCUUUCCUUUUCCCUCAGCCCCCCUCACAACAUAUCAGAGAGCAAAUCUCAGGCCAACUCAGGCCAUGCAUCACACAUCCCCAGAUCCCUCCUUCCCCAGACAGCUUUGGUGCCCCAACAUAGGACUCCUACUCGGAUCUUUCCUCCACUCCAGGGUCCCCUUCCUACUCUAGAGGUCUUAAGCUUGCAACCAAACAUUGUGGCUGCCAGUUGUAAUCCAAACUUGUCCUCUCAUCCAAGCAUUCACAAGCAUCAGUUAUUCCUCCGCUCUCAAAGACAAAGCUUGGGCAAAUAUAAAGGAGAGCGCACUGGGGAAGAGAAACACUAG